AUGCGUGCCGCAUUUGCUUCCCUCCAUCAAACCCCAGUGGAAACCCCUGCAAUGAGGUUCAUAAAGUUGAUCGGCGAGCUGGUUAAAAAAGGCAGACAGAAUGCCGACAAAAACGGCAUUCAAAACUGCUUGAAGAAUACGUUGAUACUGGCGCAGAUUUUCGGCCUCAUGCCAGUAUCUGUCAUCACCGGCGGCAAGAUAGAAUCCGUCAGGUUCCUGUGGGUUUCUUUUAGGACAGCUUAUGCCCUCCUUCGUAUCAUCGGAGCCCUUUUCUUUAUCGUGUUGCAGGUUCUCCGGAUGCAAACUUAUGGCGGUAGCUCAUUGGGUGAAUACAGACUGCUGAUGUUUUAUAUCUGUGGCUUUUCAUCGGCCGUUAACUUCUUAUUAUUGGCUAGAAAAUGGCCGAUGAUUAUGAGGAAGUGGCACUUUUUGGAGUUCUCGUUCAACGAAUAUGGAUGGCCGAAGAAUUUGAAUAUGACGAUUAAUUCGUUUUUGACAUUAUAUUUAUUUGCUGCCUUUGGUACCAUAGUAUCGAUCGUAGUUACUUCAUGGCCAGUUGUUCUAUGGUAUUACAACACUCCCAUGUCAGCAGAUACCCCUGGCUUCAUAAACCCAAGACCUCAGCAUGGCCUGGCUGUCCUUAGUGAUAAAAAUAUGCGCUUCUUAGAGAUUUCUAGUGCCUCAGUAUCAGAUGAGAAAAAAUGGGAAAAAGUGAGAACUGAUUACUCAAGAUUGUGCAAGCUCUGUCGGCUAUUAGAUCAUGAAUUGUCGUUCAUUAUUUUACAGUCUUUUGCAUCCAAUAUGUUUUUCAUCCUAACCCAGCUUUUUAACAGUUUUCAGUACAAAGCUCACCUCAUGGAAAAUGUAUAUUUUUGUUUUUCGUUCUUUACUGUCAUUCUCCGAAUGUUCUUCGUGUGCGUUAUUGCUGGAAAGAUAUAUGAAGAAAGCUCGAAGCCUUUGGCGAUUCUCAGCGAAGCUCCGACUGAAAUUUAUAAUUUUCAGAUUCAACGAUUUGCCGAAUAUAUACACUGGAAUAAUAUUUCUUUAACGGGUAGGCGUUAUUUCGUCAUAACUAAAGGUCUUCUUCUUAACAUCACAGGGGCUAUUAUCACCUAUGAAUUAGUUUUACUUCAAUUCGAGGGUCGCCAUUCACUUGAACAAAAUAAGAUUAACGAAACUUCCAAAUAUUUCAAUUGUGAAAAUAUCUGAGAACAAACCUAUGAAAACAAGAAUAAAUAACAUAUUAUAUUGUGGAAUUUGAACAAUAAGGAGUAUAUUGGAUAAUCUAGCACUCGCAUUUUGAAUUGUCCAAAAAAAACUUUCAACUAUUAAUAUUACAAAAUGAUUGAUAAAAAUUUCGCAGAUAUAUGUUCUAAAAUUUACUAAGUAAUGAUCUUUCAGAAGUUCUUGUAAUGAAGAGGUUUUCUUUAAUAAUGAAGCAAUAGUGUUAAGAAAGUAUUACAUAAUAUUAUGUUCCAUCAUCUAUAUUAUUAAUUAACAUUAAAAUUCAUAUUCGCUCAGAUCUAUGUUUCUACAUCUUCUUUCUCCUGCAAUGAUAUGAAUUUUGUUACAAUAAUUCCAAAUUGAGUUUCAUAAAAAAUUUUACAACAAUAAUUACAAAGAUAGGUCACGAUAAAGUAGAUAUAUAUAUAAUACGGGAAGUAGAGAUAAAAUCUCAUAAGUUGAAAAAAAUUAUUGGGUCUAGAUUAUUAAUUCAUAAACUCAUUAAUCAUUUCUGAUGAUGUGUACUAAUAAAUUCAAGUAAAUAUAGUAGUCCAAACUUGUUUUCAAGGAUGUUUUUGAAUCUGUUUUAGCUUAAAACAUUCAGCAAUAUUCUCACAAAUACAUUCUGUAGGUAUGCUCCAUGAAACUUAAUGAAUAUUAUUUGAAGGGGUUUCAAUUACACUUGCACAGAAAUAAUAAGUACUUAAUAAUCUAAGUUAAUCUACAAUUAUGGGAAAAUUUCGGAAAAUGCUUUAGGUAUAUAUCUGGAACUAGAUCAAGUUUUCAGAAAAAAUAUUAAAAAAACUCUAAAACGAUUAAGAAUCCAUAUGAACAAUUUGAGCAGUUACCAUAAGUGAAUUUUGUCGGUUUUGAAAUUUCAUUAUUCGAAAACAUCCCGGUUAGUAUAAUAUAGAAGGGAUAACUUUAAGAACAUAGGAACGUAAAAACAUAUUAAAAAAAAAUCGGUGUUAUUAUUGAAAAUAUCUAAUAAUAGUAAUAUAAUAUAUAAUCUAAAAAAUCUACUCAGGAGGAAUAAUUUUACAUUUUGCUCAACAAUUUUAUAUGCCUUGAAUAAAAAUAAGAAUAAAUUACAAAUACUACAUUAUAAUUCUAUAAUGUAAUAAUAUAGUCCAAUGCAGACAAUGUCAUAUAGGUAUCCUAAGCUUCAUGUAUGGGUAAUUUAGAUGUAUUGGAAUAUCAAAUGAGAGCAAUCAUAAUAAAACAUUGGUACAAGAUUCUAUGGUGACUAAUCAAAAUUCAUAAAAAAAUAUAAAUCGAAGUUGAUAUAAGAAAAUACAUUAAAAAUGUUGACUUCUUAUUUUAACACUUCAAGCUAAAUAAAGAGCAUUAGUAUAAUAUAAAUAUCACUUUUAUAAUUAUUUAACCAGGAAAAAAAUUUUAUCCUUGUAAAACAAAAAACUAUUUACUGGUCGUAAAAAUACCACAGUAAAGAUUUGGUAUGGACGUAGAGCACCCAAGAGUCCAAUUCCUUCUCAUCUUCAUUUCCGUGAAAGGAUUAUGAUGAAGAGGUAAGAUACAUCUAAUAUCUUGAAAAUCUAAGUAAAACCUGGUUAUUUUCGAGAUCACAUAAGGACGAGCAUCACAGAUGAUAACAGGAACAUCCUUGUAUUUGAAAAAUGGCUUUAUGUGUUUCUCCUCGUUAAGGAUUUCAUGCCGCUCUAUACCAAAAUAACGAUCACAUUCCAGAAGGAUGAUAACAUCGGGUUUAGGCAAAUUCUUCAGUUUUUCGUAAUCCGUAGUGUGAACAGCAACCUCAAUAUUAAUCAGGCGUCCAAAAUUUGGUAUAACGUAGUCUUUGAGCCCAGAACCCGCCAGUACUACCUCCACCUUUGCUAUGUUAGUAAUCCAAUCUGUUAAAAGCACGGCAAUGUGAUUCCAUUCAAAUUGCAAUUCAUCGUCACCAGCCAAUGGGAAAUGAAUAACAAGAGAAGUUUUUUUCCAUAAUCUUUGUUCCCUCGUCAUCAAUAAUUUCCGCUGCCUUUUGGUGCAACCUUUUGUCUGUUUUUGUGUUUUGGUCACUAAUAAUCGUUUGUGGACUAAUCCUGUAAUUUCAAAUAUGUUUAUAAUGAGGGCUGCAGGCAUAUAAGGGUCAGUGAAUACGAUUACGUUGAUACAGUCAUCUAAAUAAACUUUCUCAUCUUUUCUAAAGUAUAUUUUUUGUGUAAUAAGUUCGCAUAAAGAGAAUUUAUCUUUUGGCCAAACACUGGCGUUUCUGUGUAU